AUGCGGAAAGAGUUGCAGAUUACGAUGGAUCAAUUAUCUACAGCCAGAUGGGCAGAAAUAGCAAAGUACUUACCAGGAAGAACAGAUAGUGCGGUAAAGAACUUCUGGAACUCCAAAAUGAAAAGGAAGCUUCUUGCUGCUAAUCCUGGAAAUGAGCCGAUCCAUGUCAGUUCCUGCAUUAAUCAUCACCUGCAAAAGGUCAAUGAUCAAGAAAAUCAUGUCCAUGGACCAUCGCCGUUGGUCAAACUCGAUCAAGAAAUUGGAACGAAUAUUGAUGUUGAUACCAAUCUUCCUCCCUUUCCACCAUCACUCAUGGGUGAUCCGUGUCCUGUUCUUCAUCAUCUACCGGGGUAUAUUGAAUUGACAUUUGGUCAAACUUGGGAUCCGAAUAAUCUGAUAAUGCAAUUUGAGUCAAGUGAAAUGAACAAUAUGGGUAUGGUCAUUGAUAGUCAACCAAAUAUUGAGUUCUAA